AUGAUCUUGUUGUUAUGGCAAAAAAUUAGGUACAUAAGUGUUGGGGAAUCAGAUGAAGUGCAGCUUUUUUACUACUUCGUAAAAUCUGAAUCCAAUGCUCAGGUUGAUCCUCUUAUACUUUGGAUGACUGGUGGACCUGGUUGCUCUUCCUUGACUGCUUUAGCCUUUGAAUUUGGACCAUUGCAUUUUGAGAAAGUGGAUAACACAAGCAGCUUACCCAGAUUGAUUUUGAACCCGAAUUCCUGGACACAAAUGGCUAGCUUUAUUUUUCUGGACACACCAGUUGGAACAGGGUUCUCCUAUACAAAUAACCCCGAUGCUCGAAAAUCUGACACAAUGCUAGCAUGUAAUGAAGCUCACGAGUUUUUUAGAAAGUUUUUGUUUGAUCACCCCGAGUUCAUCUCUAAUCCUGUAUAUGUUGGUGGAGACUCGUUUUCUGGUCUUAUUGUCCCAAUUGUUGCUGAAUUGAUAGCUGAGGGUAUUGAAAAAGGAAUUGAGCCACCUAUCGAUCUUAAGGGCUACAUACUAGGCAACCCAGUAACGAUUCCAACUGAUAACGACUAUGAAGUGCCGUAUGCUCAUGGGGUAGGCCUUAUUUCUAAUGAACUCUAUGAGGUAUGCACUCAUUUGAACUGUGAAGGAAAUUAUCAGGAUAUAGACCCAAGAAAUGUACCAUGCCUAGAUGAUAUGAACACCUUUAAUCAGGCCAGUAACGAUUUUUACUUACUUAGUAACCUAGAACAUGGAAACUUUUUGGAACCAUUGUGUACUUUCUAUGCACCAAAGCCGCGAAACCUGAUCUCUGACGGAUCACUUGAUGAGAAGUUCCUAGAGUUGAAAAGACGUCAAAGAUUUCUUGCAUCUAUGUGUCGUUCUGACGGAUACAAGCUUGCUUACUCAUGGACCAACAAUGAUAUUGUACGCGAAGUCCUUCAGGUUCCCAAGGGGAGUGUUGGAAAUUGGCAAAGAUGCAACUACUUUGGGGUGAGUUUAACGACCACAGUUCGGGAUUGUGUACCGUAUCAUGCAAACCUAAGCCGUAAAGGUUACAGAUCUUUGAUUUACAGUGGAGACCAUGACUUGAUUGUUCCGCAUAUAGCAACUCAAGCUUGGAUAAAAUCUCUGAACUACUCCAUAGUUGAUGACUGGCGACAAUGGCUAGUUGAAGGACAAGUUGCCGGGUAUACAAGAACUUAUGCCAACCGGAUGACCUUUGCAACAGUUAAGGGUGGUGGCCAUACUGCUCCUGAGUACAGACCAACUGAAUGUAAGGCCAUGGUCAAAAGAUGGUUAUCUCAUGACCCUUUGUAA